UAAUAAAAUUAUUUAGAGAAUUAAUUAUAUGCACAAGAUGCGUAUAUCAACGCAGAGAAUUAGAAUAUUUCAAUGCAUCAAGCAUCAACCCAAAAGACAUCCUUAGUAGAUUUGACAUUGUUAAUAUGACGGAAGGUGUUUAGGUUAGGGGUUACGUAGUGAUUGUUUACUUCAAGUAUGUUUGAGGUUAGAACAUAAAAAACAGCCUUUUUAGUGGACAGGAACUGAAUAAAUGAGGUUGAAAUUGUUCAAUUAACAACAGUGCACUCUCAAAGUUGGUUGUCUAACCAAUAACGUGUUUAAUGCUGAAACGGGACAAGGUUGUUGUCCUUCACCUUUGAUCGUUCUCUAUGCAAAAGAAGUGGGGCCGUGUUGAUACUGUCGAUGUGAUAGGAUGUACGAUGCCAGGUGUUUUGUCCCUCGGCCGUAGUCAAAUGCCGACAGUCGCAGUUAGUUUACCAGAGGAAUUUUUACUCUAAAUUUGUACUACGUUAUUUCUGUUUUUUUUUUUCAAUUAAGGUUAAUGCACUACAAUGGCUAGCGGCACCACGAAAUCAAAAAGAGAACUUUCUGGGGCUGCAAAGGGCUAUUUAAUAGCCUACAACGUUAUUGAAACAAUUGGGUGGAGUUACCUGCUGUAUCUGUUAAUUAGCUUUCACUUGUCUUCCUCAGAUGGGAGAUCUCUUUACGAAAUAAUAAAAUGGCCACUGAUUAUUUUUCAAAACGCAGCUGUUUUAGAAGUGGUACAUGCUGUGACACGUAUAGUUCCAUCGAAUCCUGUUAUUACCGGUAUGCAAGUUGCAUCAAGAGUUAUGGUAGUGUGCGGAGUGAUACUAUUAACACAAGCCGCCCGUGACAGUAUAGGUUUACAUCUAGCCCUUGGAGCCUGGGCGAUAACUGAAGUUAUACGAUAUGGAAACUAUGUACUUAAUCUUAUUGGAGGUGUACCAUACAUUGUGACAUGGCUUAGGUAUACAACAUUCAUUAUACUUUAUCCAAUAGGCGUUACUGGAGAAUUGUUAUGCAUUUAUGCUGCCCAAAAAGAAGUUGCUAAAACCAAACUGCUUACCAUAGAAAUGCCAAAUACAGUAAAUUUUAUUUUUAACUAUCAAUUUAUCCUUAUAGGUGUGAUGUUGCUCUACAUUCCACUUUUCCCACAACUGUAUUUGCAUAUGUGGACUUUGCGAAGAAAAGUCCUUGGUGGUGGCUCACAACCGAAAAAAGUGAAGUAACUAGUUGUUUGCCAUUUACUAUUUAAAUAUAUCAUUGAAGAGGUUUACAAUCUUAGGUUAGUAAAGAAAAUACAACUUGAUACACGUGACACCAAUUUGUUGUUCAUGCAAUUUUUAGUUCAUAUCAGUUUUAUUCCAUGUGGUGUUAUUGCCCACUGAGUUUUAAUGUGCAAUAAUAUUGAAAUAUAAAACAUUGUAACUUUUUUUUGGUUAAAAUAAAAAAAAUCUCAGAAACUUGCAGGUACAUAAACAAUUAUAUAAUAUAAAAAUCAGCUUAAGUUCAAAGUUAGGUUUCAUACUCGUUCGGGAAUAGCGUUUGCUUUACGGUAGUUUAAAAGUUUAACAUUAAUGAAAAGAACAUGUUGUAUUUUGUGGGUUAUUUAUAUGUAGUAUUUUGAACAAGGUUUUCAUUAAAAAGUUGUUACUUAA